AAGAAAUUCCCCGAUUCCCUCAUCGGAGAGCAGAAAUGGAGAGAACGACGCUUCUCUGUUCUUCCAGUCCAAUCUCUUCACCCCCAACCUUCCUCCGUAAUCCUCCCUCUCUCAUCAGUCCUUUCCAAAACCAGCUUUCUUGCUCUGUCUCAAUUCCGUCGCAUGUUCGGUAUCCUCUCACCAGGCUCCUUACUCACCGCCGUGCCUUUUCACCGUCACACAGCUCCGCUGCACAAGAAGUUAUUGAAACGAAUGAGAUAGCAUCUGGUUUUGUUGAGAUUGGCUUCAUACUUGGUGUUCAUGGGAUUCAAGGGGAGGUUUGUGUAAAACCCAACACUGGUUUUCCUGAGUUACGGUUUCGCAAGGCUGGCCAAAGAUGGUUAAGGCAGCAAGUUUCAGGUACUGAAACAAUUCAAGAAGUGGAGCUUGUUGAAGGAAGGGAACACCCUGGGCGGAAUGGUUGGAUACUUAGGUUCAGGGGAGUUGAUACAGUAGAUCAGGCUAGGCAACUUGUUGGUUCAACUUUACUUGUAAAGGAAGAUGAUAGACCACUGUUGGAAGAAGAUGAAUUUUAUACUCGUGAUCUUGUUGGAAUGAGAGUGAUUCUCAAGGCUGGCCAAAGAUGGUUAAGGCAGCAAGUUUCAGGUACUGAAACAAUUCAAGAAGUGGAGCUUGUUGAAGGAAGGGAACACCCUGGGCGGAAUGGUUGGAUACUUAGGUUCAGGGGAGUUGAUACAGUAGAUCAGGCUAGGCAACUUGUUGGUUCAACUUUACUUGUAAAGGAAGAUGAUAGACCACUGUUGGAAGAAGAUGAAUUUUAUACUCGUGAUCUUGUUGGAAUGAGAGUGAUUCUCAAGGAAACUGGUGAACUUCUAGGAACUAUUGCUGAUGUUUUCAACACCGGAGCAAAUGAUCUUUUACAUGUCAUGCUUGAAUCAUCUGUAUUUAUGCCUGAUGAAAGUGGAAAGUCUGAUCCAACAGAAACUGGUGCUGCUGGACCCCUUGUUUGGAUACCCUUUGUUGAGGCAAUUGUUCCUAAUGUUGACUUGAUUAGAAGAGAAAUGGAGAUCACACCUCCAAAGGGACUCCUUCAGGAUGUGAUGAUAAGGUUUGUCGCCCCAGUCUUAUUUGCAUAUUUUGAUGCAAGGUGGUGAUUGACACAUUAUCUGAUUCCAUCAAUAUGUCUGUUCUUGUUAGUGUCAGUGCAAAGCUACUAUAGUUUUUGGAUUCUAUCAGUUCUAGAGUUCUUUGACAUUUUUGAAGGUUUUUUUCUUUUUUUUGGUUGAGUUGGGUUUUGUAAGGACAUGAUGAUAGAGAUCAUGACACCCAGUCUCACUUGCUUUUGC